AAGGAAAAAAAAAGACAAUAUAAACAAAGACACAUACACACUUGGUUCUGCUCCCUCUCUCUCCCCCAUAUUCCUAGUUCAGAAUUCAGAUUGAUCAAUUCAAACCCCAUAGAUCAUACACUCUCUCCCAAUCCUCAUUGAACUCUCUCUCUCUCUCUCUCUCUCUCUCUCUCUCUCUCUCUCUCUCUCUCUCUCUCUCUCUCUCUCUCUAUGUUUAUUUAGUGCCCUUUUUGUUUUGCAUCACCCAAUCAAUCACUGACCCCUUGUCUUCAUUGCCCACAUAUCUUUUUCUCGCAAAGUUUGCGACUUUGUGCUGCAAAGAUGAGCGGUGCGGGGUUUAGGGCUUCAAUUCCGAGCAGUGUCAGGAAGACGAUCCAGAACAUCAAGGAGAUCACGGGUAAUCACAGUGAAGAAGACAUCUAUGCAAUGCUCAAGGAAUGUUCCAUGGAUCCCAACGAGACCACGCAGAAGCUUCUCCUUCAGGACACAUUUCAUGAGGUCAAGAGAAAGAGGGACAGAAGAAAGGAGAACCUUAACAACAGAGAAUCUGUGGAACCACGCUGGAGGCCUGGCACCCAAGGGCGAGGAACUAGGGGUGGUCGGGGUAAUUUUUCACCUCAUAAUGUAUCACACGAUGCUGGUGGUGGCAAGAAUUCUGGUACAGGAAAAGAUAAUGGAAUUCAUCAAGCCAGUGAGAAAGUUGUGCCACCUUUGUCAGCUUCUCAAGAGACAAUAUCUAAAGAAAAAAAUUCUGGAACAAGUUCUGUACCCAUUAAUGCCAAUGGUCCGACAAGCAUAACUUCUGGAACUACUAGUGGUGCAAGUCCUUCCCCCUCAUCUGCUGGAGCUGCAGACAGAUUAGGUCCAUCUUCUGGUGAUAUUAAUAAUUUGAAUAGUGCUUUGCCUUCUGAUAGUUCAAAUAAAGUUACAACUGUUGCUUCUGGAAGUGGAUCUAUGCUUUCCUCCAGUAACCACCCAGGAUCUGGACCAGCAUCUUCUUCAUCUGCCUAUUUCUCUUCUUCAGACCCAGUACUGGUUCCAUCUGAGGAUUUAUGGUUUCCUGGUGCUGCUGGUGCAAUUAGACGUGAAGUGGGAAACCUACACCCUCCUGGGGAAUUAAGUGCUGUUAACUCUGCUGAGAACAAAUUAACUAUUGCUUCUGAGACUGGUGGCUCUUCUGUGCAAGGAAAGAUUCAAGGAAAACCCCUGGGAGCGGCAAAGAAUCAUGUUUCUGAAAUGUCACCUGCUUCAUCAACAGUAACUCAUAGCAGCCCUUCAACUAGUAGACCUUCUUCUAAUUACAGUAGCCGAUCACAACAAUUAAUUGGCCCUCAAAAAGCUGGUUCUAAUAAGGAGUGGAAACCAAAAUCAACACAUACAAUUAAUCAGGGUUCUGGACCAGCAAGUGCAUCCGAGGCUCCUGUUUCAGCUGACACAACUGGACAGUUACAAUCUGCAUCUAGAGCCCUUGACUCUGAAGAAGCUACUUCAAAACUGCAGAGCAAGCUUGAGGAUUUUCAUCUUCCACAGCGUCAACAUGUUAUACUUCCAAACCAUAUCAUUGUGCCUGAUUCUGAAAAGAACAAGUUUAGCUUUGGAAGUUUGGGAGUCACUUUUGGAGUUAAUACAAGCUAUGUUAGUGGUCCAGAGAGCGAAAAGAGUUCUACACCUGUUUCUGAAACUUCUCAGACUAUUGAAGAAACUGUGGAGGAGCAGGAUUCAAGCCAAAAUGCUGCGGUUACUUCUGAGGCUGGAGAUUAUACUGACCAUCCACAAUCACCCAUUAAUGGACCCGAGAAUUUGUCAUCCAGUGAGGUUGAUGGCUCAUCCAGUGCUAUUCAGGAGUAUAACGAGUCCAAGCAAGACAUUGCUUUGCCAUCUGGAGGUCAUCAGUACUCAGGGGUUCUUACUUCUCCAAACUACAGUUUCGGUUUUGUGCCCCCAAUGUUGGGUACUCAGCUUACUCCAUUUGACAAUUCCGAGUCUCAAGUGCGUGAUGUUUCUCGGCUUCCAAGUUUUAUUGUUCAUCAACAGUUGGAUCCAGCUAGUUACUAUGCCCAGUUUUAUCGGACAGGUGCUGAUAGCGAUGGUUGCCUUUCUCCUUUUUCUACUGCUGGGGCUAACACCAAGUACAAUGGCAGUGUUGCAGUGCUUCCUGCUCCAACUUCCCAGUCUCCUCAAGAGGGAGGUGUCUUGUCCACCGCAGGUCCAACACCACUUGUGACUCAAGCUGCUGGGCUGAUGCAAAGCUCAAUAGCAGUUACUCAACAGCCUGUUCCUGUCUUCCGACCUGGCGGGGUGCAUAUAUCCCAUUACCCUCCUAAUUACAUUCCUUAUGCUCCCUAUUUUUCACCAUUUUAUGUCUCACCUCCGGCAAUCCACCAAUUUUUGGGUAAUGGUGCAUUUCCUCAACAACCACAAGCCAGCACUGUAUAUCCACCUCCCCCAGCUGUGGCUGCCACAGGAAUGAAAUAUCCUCUUCCACAAUUCAAACCUGGAGUAAAUGCAGCAAACCCAACGCACCUUGUAAUGCCUAGUGCCUAUGGUGUAUAUGGCUCCUCGGCAGCUGGUUACAAUCAUAACUCUGCAGCAACUGCUGGGAAUUCAACCUCCAAUGAGGAUCUUGGUUCCUCUCAGUUCAAGGAAAACAAUGUAUACAUCGGUGGACAGCAGCAGAGUGAAGGUGCAGCAGUGUGGGUGGCUGCACCUGGCCGGGACAUUACCAGUUUGCCCACUAGUACAUUCUACAACCUUCCACCACAGGGUCAGCAUGUGACUUUUGCCCCAACUCAGGCUGGCCAUGGCACCUUCGCGGGCAUCUAUCACCCCGCACAAGCAGUGACAGCAGCAACAGUUCAUCCACUGCUACAACAAUCGCAGACAAUGGCUGGAGCAGUCGACAUGGUAGGACCUGGAGGCAAUGUUUAUCAACAGCCUCAGCAUGCACAGAUCAAUUGGCCGAGCAACUACUGAGGCCGGGAACUUCCUGACAGCUAAAUUAGAUAAUUGAGUCCUAUCUGGGGAAAUUUUUUGAGAAAUGCCAAAAUAUGGUUGGAUUUCUAUGAGGAGAAGAAGGCAAUUGGGUUCAUUUGAGUGUAAGAAGGUGGAAAAUUUGCCAAUAUGAUCUUCUGAUUGCUUGGAUUGAGGACAUAUGAAGGGUAGGACACCUGUAACCGAUAUUGACCAUUAAAGUUAGACGAGGUAGAAACAUAUGCAGGCCUUCUCUUUUUUACUCCUGCUAUUUUGUGUUACCAUUAAUACCUUUUCAUAGCUCCAAGCUUUUCCCUCCCUAUCUUUUGUUGAGGUCCUUGAACUCUAUUAAGAGUAUUGUUGAGUGGUGAUGAGAAAUGUCCAUUCUUUCUUUUUAGUUUGGGUUUAUAGGGUUUAGGUUGGUUGGUUGGUGGGGAAAAGCUUUUCUGGUGCCCCUUGUCUUACCUGUAAAGUGAAUUUUGAUAGCAAGAUAAAUCAUUUACUUGAGCUGUUGUAUUGCUAUGGGCAACGUAAACUGUCAAUUGUUUUCAGCCAACUAAUAUUAUUUCUCACGGUUUACACAAAAAAUUGGGUCAAGACUUAGGAACACUUGUGCAAUUGCUUCUAAUAGUAGAUCCCUGGAUUUUUCUUUA